AUGACCACCAUUCCCAACCUCCCACCCUCCCUCUCGCCCGCCCUAACCGGCCGCGAAGCCAUCUCCGAUGCAGUGUUCCGCUUCGUCCAAGCCCUAGACACUAGCGACCUAGCUCUCUUCGACUCCGUCUUCAUGCCGGAAUCUACAUUCGAAAUCAACGGCCGACUCAUCGAAGGCCUACCGGCCCUCCAUACCGACUGCUUUGAAGCGAUUUCGAAGCUGGAUACAACGCACUUCGUCACUAACAUCCGGAUCAAUAUUGCGGAUAGCGCCACUGAAGCCUCAUUGACUGCGUCGGCGCUGUCGCAGCAUUAUGGUGGUGGAAAGGGGAUGCAGCCGGAUCAGAAGAGAUUGUUAGUGGGGUCUUUGUAUUAUGUUGAUCUUGUGAAGGAUUCUGGGGAUGAGAAUGGUUUGUGGAAGAUCAAGGCGUUCAAUAUGAAUUCGACGUGGGCUGAGGGGGACUGGGGGGUUCUGAGGGGGGAAUAG